CCUGUCCCGUCUUUACAAAGGGCACGCAUUCCAUUGGUACACCGAAUCUUUUCAACUCUUGAACAGCUGUUGAGGGAACUGGGUAAUCAUAUUUGGAUGACGCAGGAAUAAAUGCCGGCUUCAACUGGAGGAUAAAACGAGUGAUCAGAUUCGUGAACCGAUUCGCAUUUCCUUUUUUCACUCAAGUUUGUUACUCUAGGUUAUCAACAUGGGGAAGUUGGUCAUAUUAUCGAUUUGUAUAGCAGCCUUUGCAAUUUUUUUGGGAGAAAGAAUUAUCAAUCUGAGAAAAAGAUGUCUUGCUUCCAGAGAUCUAAUCCCAAAACACCUCCAAAACUGUCGUCCAAUCAAAAGCCUUGAGUAUGGAUCAGAGGACAUCACAAUACUUCCAAAUGGACUUGCCAUCAUUAGCACUGGACUGAAGUUUCCUGGAAUGCCAUCUUACUCAGAUGGCCCUGGGAAGAUAUACACUCUUGAUCUGCAGGACUCUCGGAUCAAACCAGUGGAGCUGCGUAUGGACAGAGGCUUUGAUUUCGACUCCUUCAACCCACAUGGAAUCAGCACGUACACAGACAAUGAUGACAAGGUAUACAUAUUUGUUGUCAACCACCCUCAGCAUAAAAGCCAAGUGGAGAUCUUCCGGUUCGUUGAAGAGGAGAACUCCAUUGUGCAUGUGAAAACCAUCAAGCAUGACCUUCUCCACAGCGUAAAUGACAUUAUUGCUGUGGGAGUGGAGAGCUUCUAUGCCACCAAUGACCGCUAUUUUACGGAUUCCAAUUUGAAACAGCUGGAGCCUUUGCUUGACCAGCCCUGGUGUAAUGUGGUUUACUACAGUCCUGACCAGGUCACUGUGGUGGCAGAUGGAUAUUACUCAGCCAAUGGCAUCAACAUUUCACCAGACAAAAAACACAUUUAUGUUGUAGAUCUAAUGGACCACAAUGUGCAUGUUUUGGAAAAACUGGAAAGCAAUGCUUUGGUCCCUGUCAAGACUGUAGCUGUUGGCUCCCUUUGUGACAAUGUGGAGGUUGACCCAGAAACUGGUGAUCUGUGGUUGGGCUGCCACCCCAACGCCUGGAGGUUCUUUCUGAACGAUCCAGAAAACCCUCCUGGAUCAGAGGUGAUAAGAAUCCAGAGCAUUCACUCUGAGAAGCCGAUAGUGACCCAAGUUUACGCUGACGAUGGACAUGUGAUCAUGGGCUCCUCUGUAGCUGCCCCCUAUGGAGGGAAGCUUCUCAUCGGGACGGUCUACCACAAAGCACUCUGCUGUGACCUGGAUUAGCCCGUAGAAGUAUCCAGAAGACUCAACAGAGAAGAGAUGCAUCUAACAGAACUAUGUUUAGAACAACAACUGAAAUGCCUCCUUUUAUUCCACUUCCCUUCUCUCAAAGCCUUAUUAGGGGAAAUAACUGGUACUGAUGCAAUGUCUAUGACCCAACAGUAUACUAAGUGCCUUUUAGAGUUCUCAUGCACAGUGAUAACAAUUUUGAACGUAGUUUUUUAAAUUGGUUAUAGGAAUGCUUAUGGAACCUGAAUGUGAAACUAAUUUUCUGCUCAAUGUGAAACUGAUAAUAGAUAAUAAAUUAAUAAAUCCU